AUGGAAAAUAACUUUGAGAAAUCGACAGUGAAAGCAGGUCAAUCCGAUGCGCACCCAACGCCGUCGCAACCUAAACUUGAGAAGAAGCAAGAAGCACUGGAGAUGUUCUGGAGAGACAAACAGAGAGAGAUGGAGAAUGUUAACAAUUUCGAGAACAAUAUGCUACUUCCACCUAACUGCAUCAAGACGAUCAUGAAGAUGGAUAAGGAUGCAUGUGAGCUGUUCAUUCAAGAACUCACUCUUCUUUCCUGGUUUAAAGCUGAGAAAAAUUGUCGACGUACUCUAAAGAAGAAUGACAUCAUUGAUGUGAUUAUACAGACCGACACUUUGGAUUUCCUUCUUGACGAUGAUAUUAAUGCUAGUGGCGGCUCCACACCAAGCGGUGUGUCGUUCUAUGCUGCUGGAGGCAGCAAUGGGCGUACAUGA